AUGUCGGUAGAUCUAUCGGACCCUCAAGUAAGCACAGUGAGGGAUAAGAUAUUAGAUACAAACGAUCCCACAACAUGGUUUCUCUUACAUUACGCCAUCUCCCCAACAUCUAUCACGCCAUCUUCUUCUCUUUCACAAAGUAUAACGCUUCUAGCUUCGGGUCGUGAGCCGGUACUGCCUAAAUGGCAUGAAAAUCUGACGGAAACGAACGAGGAUGUGUUAUUUGGUUACGGAGAGAUAGCAGGCAAGGGCUUAGUGCUGCUGUUCUUGAAAGACAAAGUGGGCGGUGUGAAACGAGCACGAGCUGUAGUUCAUGCCAGAGCAGUUGCCUCUCUUUUCCCCGAUUACUCAGCAUUGAUCACUAUCGCUCAUCUAAGUCAACUGACUGAAGAACUCAUAACUGAACGAUUAGCGUUAAAUCAACCCUCUUCUUCAUCUUCUUCAUCGACUAUACCUAAACCGAAAUAUUCUAUACCUGGAUAUGAUCACCCUAAUCCUUUGUCGCCUUUAGCACCUGGUGGACCUAUGCCUUAUUUACCUUCAACAGGAUCAUCAAGAAGUGUAUCUGCUGAACAACCGGGAUCUUCAUCUGGAAAUGCAUUCGGAAUUGGAAACGGAAAUGCAAUUGCAAACGGAUCCGGGAUGAACCAUCCUUCACCCAAGCGGUAUGGUGACAUAUCCAACAAUUACGACUCUCCAACUCGCAAUAGAAUUACUUCAUUGAACAGUACGAGUACACCUUCAAGACAAAAUACGUCGUCACCUGGACCAGCAAUGUCAGCUCCUAUAGCGUUGGGGUCACCUGUUAAAGUUGAAUCCAAAGGUAUUUCAUCCGCAGAUUAUUUCGGUAAAGACGAUCCAUCCUCUCCGAGAAGUAGAAAAACUUCCUUUGGAGUACGGUUGAAAAACACUUUCAGGUCACCCAGCUAUAGCAAUAAUAACUCCUUUGAUGAGGCUUCUUCACCAUCUCUACAAUCACAGACACCACAAACUCAAGGUUUUUCACACGAGAGAACGCAGGGAUCACCUGGAAGUCCCAAAUCACCUAAAGAGAAAGAAGGUAGAUUCAAGAAUAAUUCAAUUGUGAAAGCUUUCCAUAGGAGAAGAUCUUCAACAAACCCAAUUAAUACCCCACCUGAUUCACCAAGGGUCGCUGAUCAUGAGGGUCAAGAUGAAAAUGGGCAAGCGGACGUCGAGUAUGCACCGCCUGUACCGCCAAAAGAUCUUCCACAAACAUCCCCUUUGGAAAGUGACGAAGACUUGAGAAUACCCCCGCAAUCCGAGACCUUCAUUUCGUCUUCGGCAAAUUCAUUAGGACAUGGUCAACCCAAUGACAUCAAGUCAAAUACCUUAUCGCCUUCACCGUCUGCUAGACAAGUACUGUACGAGGCUAGGCAAAAGAGUCUUUCUGCGGAAACCGAAAUCCAAGAAAGGUUCAGAAGGGAUCAAGAGGAAAGAAACCGCGUGAAUGAUAAUGGUAGAGAGACAGAUGAAGAAAGUGUUAGACUAGCUUAUGAUCAAUCUGAAUCGGAACAUGAAGAUGAACCUUAUUCAAUACAACAAGUUCAAAAGACGGAUAACAGAGGAAUCAAUGAUACCGAUGGAGAUCAAGCGACACCAACCAUAUACAAUGGCGGUCAAGUUGCUCAAGCUGAAAAGAUGAGUCAAGCUGCCGAAGACCAUGCUGAGCGGGCUGCUGCUAUUCGACGCGAGGAGGACAAGGUUAGACAACUAGCUGAAGCCGAGGAAGCUGCUGCAGUGGAGAAACAAAGAUUGGAAGAGGAACGUAUAGAAGCAGAGAGGAGGAUAGAAGAGGAGAGGAUGGUUGAGGAAGAGAGAAUCAGGAUUGAAAGAUUACGGCUGGAAGAGGAAGCAAGGAAAGAAGAGGAAGAAAAGGCUAGAAUAGAAGCAGAGGAUAAGGCACAAAGAGAAGCGGAAGCUGUUCGGAUAGAAGCAGAGGACAAGGCUAAAUUGGAAGCUGAACAAGCCAGAUCACGAGCCGAAGAAGCUGCUGAGGUGGCCAGGAUAGAAGCUGAGCAGAUAGCUCGGCGACAAGCUGAAGAAGCUGAAUUGGUCAGAGUCAAGAAGAUGCAAGAAGAUGAAUUGGCUAGGAAAGAAAUCGAAGAGAAAGCGAGAUUGCACAAAGAAGAAGAAGAAAGGAUAAAGGUUGAAAGCGAGAUCAAAAGGAAAGAAGGUAUAAGACAGGGUUUGGAGACUGGAAAGAAGGAAGGCGGCAUUAUGCUUCGAGGAUGGGUGACUGUGCAAACGUACAAGAGCAUGACUUGGAGAAGGAGAUAUUUCCGUUUAUUACCAAACGAAAUGCAACUCUACAAAGCCGAAGCCGAUCCAAAACCGAUACAAACGAUAUACAUUGGCAAAUCAUCUUCCGUUUCAGAAAGAUACGAAGAGUCCCAAGUCAAAGACAGUUUCAAAGUCAUCUCGGAUGGGCCCAAAGGGGAAGAGGAAUUCUUCUUAUUCACUGACUCGGGAGAAGAUAAGGAGACAGUAUUGGAAGGAUUGAGAUUAUGUAUGGCCUAA